GGGAAGUGGGGCCGAGGAGUGGGCUGCAGAUGGCGGCGCGGUUGGCGGCCGUGUCCCGGACCCGAGCUCGGGGCUGCGAUCGGGGCCUCGGGCCGCCGGAGGCCGCCUGGGACGGCGUCCCCAGGAAAGCCUGUGGGGAGGAUUAUCACUCUUCCAGCCUUCCUGACCUCGCCAUUGCAGGGUUGGACACCGGAGAGAUUCUGGGAGCUUUCCAUGGUUAUGCCGAUCAGACCAUAAUCUCCAUCAUUGAGGAUUCAUCACCAGCAGAGAAUAAAUCCCCAUUGGAUGAGGAGAGUGAAGCAACGUUACUGACAGCCCUGACUGAGAUACUAGACACCGUUGAUGAUGAAAAUCUCUCUCCAUUUGACACUCUCCCUGACACCGAGUUGUUUGCCUCGCCGAAGGAUGUACAUGCUGGACUGCUGGGGGUUGGGAGACACUUGUGGGCCUCGUUCCCAGAUUCGGCGAAGGACCACUUUGAAGGUGUGGAUGCAGCCGUUCCCCAGGGUGUCUCAUGGAGUUCGGAUAAUCCCACUGACAGAAGCUUUGGGGCAGAGAAUUUGCCGGAUCCCAUUGGUGACACAGUCAGUGGUGUUGGUGAUGUGUCCAAACCUGCCACAGAAAUCCUGGAGCUGCAGUUGGAUGAACAGCUGGGUCCAGCUGGGUUGGAGGACAGUGUGACGCUUGUGCUUGGCCAGAACUUGCCGUGUGUGAUCAAUGUGGAGCACGUUUCACUGUGUGACCUGGUCAAGUACAUUCACCCUUACUGCCUGCCCUCGGGUCCCGACACCAACUCAGCAACCGAUGCCGUUGAGUUGGACGUUGAGAUCGUCCAGGAGGGAAAGCUGCUGGAUCUGGGAGGUCCGGCACUCUUGUGUGAGGGCCAUCAGCGUCCUUCAGAGGUACGGCAGCAGGCUGCUGGCCAGGAACCUACAACGGCUGCCAUUCCUGCCCCAGACGGUCUGCCUGGGACUCGGGAGACGGACGCUGCCCCAGACGGUCUGCCUGGGACUCGGGAGAUGGACGCUGCCCCAGAUGGUCUGCCUGGGACUCGGGAGACGGACGCUGCCCCAGACGGUCUGCCUGGGAUUCGGGAGACGGACGCUGCCCCAGACGGUCUGCCUGGGACUCGGGAGACGGACGCUGCCCCAGACGGUCUGCCUGGGACUCGGGAGACGGACGCUGCCCCAGACGGUCUGCCUGGGACUCGGGAGACGGACGCUGCCCCAGACGGUCUGCCUGGGACUCGGGAGACGGACGCUGCCCCAGACGGUCUGCCUGGGACUCGGGAGACGGACGCUGCCCCAGACGGUCUGCCUGGGACUCGGGAGACGGACGCUGCCCCAGACGGUCUGCCUGGGACUCAGACAGAAACUGCCCCAGAUGGUCUGCCUGGCGCACAGUUGGGACCGGAUGCUGUGCCUGUAAUCUCACCACCACAGCAGGAGAACCCAGCGGCUCCGGUGAGGAAGAGGGGACGGCCGAGGAAAACGGCAAAACCUGAGGAGCCGGCAGCAGUGAGAGUGCAGCCAGAACGUGCCCAGGCUCCGGUUACACGCUCCAGUCUGCGGAAACAGCUGUGUGAGAGAGAGGGCCCGGCACAGCAGCAUGUGGGGGCUGUGGGACCAGACACCAGGGCGAGGCUGAGCAGAGGCAGGGCUGCAGCUCGAGGGCGCGGCAGGCAAGGGGUGGCGGUGAGGAGGAGAGCGCCGAGCCCACAGAGCCAGGUGUGUGCUGAGGCUGGGUCCAGCCCUGCCCCCACUGGAGCGAUGAACGGGGCAGAGGGCGAGGCUGUGUGCCCCCGUCCUGGGCCACGGGGGGUGACAGGCGGCCAGGAAGGAGCAACAGCUUCAGCCGAUAGUCCUGACACCCCUCCGGCCUCCCCUCCUGGCCCUCCCCCCUCUGCCCCCAGGACCGCCCCUGCCCCCGGGGCCGCCCCUCCCCCCUCUGCCCCUGCCCCCGGGGCCGCCCCUCCCCCCUCUGCCCCUGCCCCCGGGGCCGCCUCUGCCCACACCACCCCCGGGGCCGCCCCUGCCCCCAGUGUUGCCCCUGCCCCCGGGGCUACCCUUCCUUGCCCCCCCAGCAGUGAGCCCCGGUUGCGCCCCAUCAGCCUGGAACAGUACCGGCAGCGCCUGCAGCAGAGGCAGCGAGCGGUGGGGUCUUCAGCCCCCCAGGACGCCCACCCGGUGCUGGGCCCCACCCCCAGUGCCUGGCCCGUUGUCCCCCUGGCCUCCAUCGUCCAGGGCGAACUCAGCGUCCUGCCACUGGACAGCCUGGUCUGUGCCACUGACUCUGCUCUCCCCGCGAGGCAGGGCCCUCGGCACAGGGGCCGACCACUAUCCCACACCCACCCCACCCCCAACUGGGCUCUGCCGCACACACACAGCCUGCCCCCAGUGCCCAGCACCGUCUCAGCCCAGCCUCCCACAUCUGCCUUACCAUCGACCCAGGCCCCUGCUCCAGCCUGGGCCCAGGUGCCCCCUGCCCCGGCAUCCCUGGCCCAGACUCCUGGCCGAGCCCAGACGUUCCCAGCCCAGGCGCCCCCGGCCCGGCCCCCUGGUCGGGCCCAGGCACCCUCACUGGAACCUGCUGUAGGCCUCAUGCGACCGAUUCCUGUUGAGGGACCCGCUCAUCACCCUGAGGUGGUCUGUGCCCAGACCCCAUCCCGGAGCCCACCCAACCCAGCCCCUCUGCCCAGGGCCAGCACUGCUCUAGGACCAGCCGUCCCAGCCCCAGCUGCCGCCAUGGAGGGCAGUGUGAACACACAGAGCAACAUGUCACUGGAUGAACCAGCACACAGAGGGUGUGUCCCGGUGGGUCCACCGCAGGUGUGGCCCCAACCCACAGCAGCGCAGCAGCAGUGCAGCCGGAUGGGCUGUGCGGAGGAGGAGGGCAGACAGAGCAGGACCAGCCCCACCGUGCAGGACAGCGCUAAAGGUAUCGAGGCGACAGACCUGAUGAGUUUGUUGGAACAGUUUGAAGUGACAGAGGUGAAAGACGAGCCAUCCCCUGGAGGCAGCAGUGGGACAGAGUUGCCGGAGGGGAGGCGGUUUCUGGAUCAGGUGUUCGGGGCAGAAUUGGCGAGUACCGCUGGUCUGACACCACCGGCCACCCCCCCUCACCAACACUGGAAGUCGCUGUCCCCAGCCUGUCGCCAGCACUUGGUUGGUGCUGAGCCUUGCCCCAUCUCCCCACAGCGGACGGCCAGGUUCACUGAAGCCAGGCCUUUGGUGCAGAACAAGCGGACCAAGUGUGUGGGAGCGCCGAGUCCGCAGCCCGUGCCGACUCCCCCACCUGCCUUCGGUGACCACGAGUAUUGUUUGCCCAGUGUGCCCACCAGCCAGACUCUGCCGCACAGGAUGAUUCCACUGCCCACUGCCAGGCCGCAUGUGGCCUGUCGCUGGAACGUGAAGCGCCAGCCGAGUAUCACCAUCAAACCCAUCACCUUGUUGAAUCAUCGAUCUGCAAAGACCCCGUGCCAGGUCCUGGCAGCUGAGGUGCAGAAACAAGGAGGAAGUCCGUGGGAUGGGCAGGGAUUGACGGGUGACGUCGUACUCUCUGGCGAGGACCCUCGGACUUGUUCCCAGGCACCAGACAGGGGACACAUCAGCUGCGGAAGCUCAGACCCGGAGGAAGGUACCCGGGUGACCCCAUCCCCCUGUGGGAGCGGAGAGCACGGAGGGAAGGACCCCUCAGAUUCUCCACAGCACUGUGCAAGGACUCGCACCUCCCCGUGCUACAGGCGACAGUACUCCAGCGCCUCCAGCUCAGGCUCCACCUCCCGCUCCCGCUCCCGGUCCCAGUCCCCUGCCCAGAAGAGGAGACGGUACUACAGGAGACGGUCGCGACACUCCCGACACAGUUCACGAUCAGAUUCCAGGUCCAGCUCACGAUCCAGGUCCUAUUCCAGAUCCAAUUCACGAUCCACAUCUAGAUCCAGGUCAAGAUCUAGGUCUCCACAGAGGUGCAGUGUCCGGAUGAGUUACUUCACAGAUGAGUUUGAUCCAUAUGAUGUGGGGCCAAGACACAGAUAUCGAUAUUCAAGGCGGGAAGCUCACGAACACAAGAUCAGCCGGAGGAGAGAGCUCGCCAUCGAGGAGCGGCGAGUUGUUUAUGUGGGAAAAAUCCGGAAUGGAAUGAUGCGUGAGGAACUCCGGAGACGGUUCGAGGUGUUUGGAGAAAUUGAGGAUUGCAAUAUUUACUUUAGAACUCAAGGGGACAACUAUGGGUUUGUCACCUACCGCUACACCUGCGACGCGUUUGCUGCCAUUGAGAACGGUCAGACCUUGCGCCGGCCUGAUGAAUUGCCCUUUGACCUGUGCUUCGGUGGCCGGCGACAGUUUUGUAAAACCAAUUAUGCUGACUUGGAUUCCAGUCACAGUGACAUCAGCUCCUAUUCAAGCAAAAGCAAGUUUGACUCUUUAGACUUUGACACUUUACUAAAACAGGCCAAACGAAGUCUGCGCAGGUGACAGCAGUGCCCGUUGCGGGAAAGGAGGAGUGGUAGGGGCUGACAGUCCAGAACUGCAACCCCUUCCGAUUCAUGCUGCUACUGAUUGAGAUUUAUAUAAACUCGGGGCUGCCAUGUUGCUCCAGAUGGUAACUUCAGCGGGGAUUUGGACAGAUGCGCAUCGAGUCAGGAAAAAAGAAACCCACUUUAAAAAAAAUAAAAUAUCACAUGAAUAAUAA